UUCCUCCUCUUCCGAGAGAGAGAGAAGGCUGGAGGAAAAGGGUUGAGCAACUGGUUUCCAGUUAAGAGUUGGACUUUGAAGCAGACUGGUCUCGCCAUGAAGCUGCCGGUGCUUUUCGUGGCUUUGCUGGGGCUGCAAGCAGCCCAGGGGACAGGGGAAGCCUGGCCUCACAAGAAGUCGGCCACUCUGCUGCCAUCCUUCACGGUGACGCCUACGGCGACAGAGAGCACGGCAACUCCGGGAACAACCAGCCACUGGACUAGCAAGAGCCCCCACACCACCACCCCGGGCACCACCAGCCACAGACCCACCACGAGCCAUGGGAAUGUCACAGCCCACCCCACAACCAGCACCACCACCAAGACCACCUCAGCACUCCCCACCAGCCACCUUCCCCCAGGCCCACCGCCACCCUCUCCCAGCCCCAGCCCAGGCUCCAGGGAGGCCAUUGGAAACUACACAUGGAGGAAUGGCUCACAGCCCUGCGUCCAGCUCCAAGCCAGCAUUCAGAUCCGGGUCCUGUACCCAACCCAAAGCGGAGGACAGGCGUGGGGCAUCUCUGUGCUGAACCCCAAUAAAACCAAAGCCCUGGGGAGCUGUGAGGGUCCCCAUCCCCACCUGCUUCUCUCCUUCCCCUGUGGACAGCUCAGCCUGGGGUUCACACAGGACCCAAAGCAAAGCCAGAGCGCGGUCUACCUGAGCUAUAUGGCUGUGGAGUACAACGUGACCUUUCCCCAGGCAGCCCGGUCCACGUUCUCCGCUCGGAACGCUUCCCUCCGCGAUCUCCAGGCACCCCUGGGCCGGAGCUUCAGCUGCAGCAACGCCAGCAUUGCCGUCUCCCCAGCACUGCACCUGGACCUGCUCUCCGUCAGGGUCCAAGCUGCUCAGCUGCCACCGACAGGCAUCUUUGGGCCAAGUUUCUCUUGUCCCGCCGACCAGCCGUCUAUCCUGCUGCCUCUCAUCAUCGGCCUGAUCCUCCUCGGCCUCCUCAUCCUGGUACUUGUGGCCUUCUGUGUCGCCCGGAGACGCCCGUCUGCCUACCAGGCCCUCUGAACCCCAACCCCCAAAGGCCCUCAGUCCUGGGGGCACCAGUGGUCACGUUACCUCCCCAGACAGCUGACUCAGGGACACGAGUUCUCUUCCUCCCAUGAUUCCCAGCAACAGUGGACUGACUGUGUGCUCGUGGG